AUGAGUGGUAACCGCACUACUACUGGAAAUAAUACAUCGACAUUUAGGGAUGGUACUGCUACUGAAGGUUUUAGUCAUUUCACCAUAGAUCCCUCUCACACUUAUUAUGUACAUCCCUCGGAUAACCCUGGAAGUCAACUGGUAUAUGUACCUUUCAAUGGUAGUGGUUUUGUAAUUUGGAGAAGUAGCAUACUGACCUGCUUGUCUGCUAAGAACAAAUUAGGGGUAAUUGAUAGCAAACUCACUAUUCCUACUCCUGACUCACCAUAUUUCCCUUAUUGGGAGAGAUGCAACGAUAUGGUGAAGUCCUGGAUUGUUAAUUCUGUUUCUAGAGAAAUAGCCACAAGUGUUGUGUGUUUCAAAACUGCCAAAGAAGUCUGGGAAGACAUAAAUCAGAGGUUUGGUAAUUCAAAUGGGUCUAGAUACAUCCAAAUUCAAAGAGAGAUUUCCUCAACUAUUCAAGGAUCCUCUGAUAUAUCUUCAUAUUUCACCAAACUAAGGAACCUAUGGGAUGAGCUGAACUGUGCCUAUGUUGGUCCAAGCACUAUAUUGAUGAUGAAUCCUCUCCCUUCUAUAAGUAAAGCCUAUUCAAUUCUACAACAAGAUGAAAGUCAAAGAGAAUCAACUCAGAAUUCUAGUUUCACCAGUGAUUCUACUGCUUUCUUCACAUCCAACUCUCACAACACCUUCAACAAAUUCAAUCCAAAAGUGAAUUUUGAUGCCAAAAGAGCCCCUGGAUCUAGUAAUGUGAGUUUUGAUCUUAAGAGAGGCUCUGGUCCCAACAAUGGUUCUGGUGGUUUGUUUUGUAAGUACUGCAAAAAGACAAACCACACCAUAGAGAAGUGUUAUAAACUGCAUGGAUAUCCACCUGAUUACAAAUUCACCAAGAAUAAGAAAGUGGCUUCUCUUGUACAAAGUGAAAAUCAGUUUCAGCCACCCUCUUUUCAGCCAUCCUCUAUGCCUCCACCACAGGGCACUACUACUGCAUCCUCUCCUUCACCUCAUGGUCUGUUCACUGCCUAUGCUGUUAAUUCUGCUAGUUCUUUUGGCCCUUCUCAGAAGAGGCCACUGGUUAUUGGUAAGGCUGCUGGCAGGUUGUACUAUCUUCACCCAGAUGAUGAAUUAUUUCCAUCUAGUUCUUCUGCAAUUACUUCUCACUGUGCAGCAGAACAUACUUCAUCCAAUUGCAUUCCAGUUGCUGCUCCUUCUACUGUUGUCAAUAAUUCUCAGUUUUCUGUUAUGUCUAAUGUCAUUACACGUGUUAGUAUUGAUAUUUCUACUCCCAGUCCCAAUGUUGUUUUACCUACCUGUAAUCAGUCCUGUACUAUAAAUAAGAUGGAUCUCAUUUGGCAUCAAAGAUUAGGUCAUGUCCCUUUUCAUAAAAUGAAAACUAUUACUUCUGUUGCUGCUGAAGUGUCUACAAAACAACCUUUUAUUUGUCAGAUUUGUCCUAUGGCUAGACAACAAAGACUACCUUUCCAGAAUAGCACCAUUCGUUCUACUGUUCCAUUUCAAUUAGUUCACAUAGACAUUUGGGGCCCCUACAAUACCACCACUUAA